UAUCUCCUUUCGGCUCGCAUUUCACCUUGCCUGCGGCGCCCCGCUUAGCCAAACCUUGGCGCCCUGCCUCUGCUUUCGCUUCCCCUCAGCUCAGUUUUUCGCUGCUGCAGAAGCAGCGUCGGCGGCUACAAUCUACGGCUGCAGCGUCGUGCAGGCUGUGGGAGGAGAAGGAGAGCGCCAAAGAGAGGUUUUACCGGGCCUGCGCCCCAGCCUGGACUGUCCUUGCGCCUCAAGGCGCGUUUCUUCCUGCAAGCCCUUCGGGCGUCAGGCGGAACUCUCGGUUGCCCAAUCCAGUUCCUCCCUCCGCAGUUUUGAACCUCUUCCCUUCUAUAGUUCUGUCCUUUCCUUCUCUCGGAAGCCCGCCCGCCCGCCCAGGCCCAGCUCCCUUUCUGUGGCAACACCCGAGCCGCCUUUGCCCGCUGCGGCGUCCCAGGGGAUCCCUUCAGUCUUUCUGAAGUUAGUUUCUGCUACUGUCUGCAAGAGUGGAAAAGUCUGGGCAGUGAAGAUGAGCCAUCAUGUUAAGCAUACUCGGGUACUUCUUCUCAACGACAUGGAGAAGCUGGACAAAACCCUGUUCCGGCUCGAACAAGGUUAUGAGCUACAGUUCCGUUUGGGCCCUACUUUGCAAGGCAAGCAUGUUACAGUGUAUACUAACUAUCCAGCUGCUGGAGAAUUGUUUGAUCGUCACAAGUUCAGAUGCUUAACUUGGCACAACCCAACAGGAAAAGAAGAUGAUUCUGACAAAUAUUGUAAAUUAGAACUCCAGAUUUCUGGAUCAUAUCAAUAUUACUUCACUCAUGAGAAUCAGAAAGGUGGUGGAGGUUAUCUAGUUGUGGAUCCUAUUUUACGGGUUGGUGCUGACAAUCAUAUCUUGCCCUUGGAUUGUCUUACACUGCAGACAUUCCUAGCCAAGUGUCUGGGACCAUUUGAUGAAUGGGAAGAUCGUCUUAAAGUUGCAAAAGAAUCUGGUUAUAACAUGAUUCACCUAACCCCAGUGCAGAAACUCGGUCUGUCUAGAUCAUGUUACUCAUUGGCUGAUCAGCUGGAAGUUAAUCCUGACUUUUCAUCCUCCAGCAAAAAAUGUUCUUGGAAUGAAAUGGGAAAACUGGUGGAAAAAAUGAAAAAUGAAUGGAAUAUGCUUUGCAUUACAGAUGUAGUCUAUAAUCACACUGCUGCAAACAGUGAAUGGCUGACUCAGCAUCCCGAGUGUGCAUACAAUCUUAUAAACUCCCCUCACUUGAAACCAGCCUGGCUUUUGGACCGAGCUCUUUGGCAUUUCACCUGUAAAGUGUCUGAGGGCAAAUACAUUGAAAAAGGACUGCCACCACUUAUCGAAAAUGACCAACAUUUGAAUUGUAUCCGUAAAAUCAUUUGGGAGGAUAUUUUUCCCAAGGUAAAAUUAUGGCAAUUCUUCCAAGUUGAUGUUGAAAAAGCAGUGCAGCAAUUUAAAACUCUUUUAACGAAAGGUAGCUCAAAGGUUAAAACUGAUCCCAGUCUAAAUCUUGCAAUCAUUCAAGAUCCUGAAUUUAAAAGACUUGGCUGUACUGUAGAUAUGAACCUAGCACUGAAUACCUUCAUACCACAUAGCAAUGGACCAGCUGCAAUAGAAGAGUGUUGCAACUGGUUCCGCAAAAGAGUUGAAGAACUAAAUGAUGAAAAGUUCCGACAAACAAAUUACCAUCAGGAGCAGGCUAUCAGCUGUGUUUUGGCAACAGUGAGCUACGAACGUCUGGCUGGUCAAGGUCCUAAGCUUGGUGCUAUAACUAGAAAAGAUCCAUUGGUUACAGGGUACUUUACUUACCCAUUUAAAGAACUAACCCUGGACGAAGAGGAAGCUAUGAUGCAUCAGCCUAGCAAAGCAAAUUAUUUUAUGGCCCAUAAUGGUUGGGUGAUGGGAGAUGAUCCUCUGAGAAAUUUUGCUGAACCAGGCUCAAAUGUCUACCUUAGAAGAGAACUUAUUUGCUGGGGUGAUAGCGUCAAGCUGCGUUAUGGGAAUAAACCAGAAGACUGCCCAUAUCUUUGGGCUCACAUGAAAAAAUAUACUGAAAUUACUGCCAAAUAUUUCCAUGGAGUACGUCUUGACAAUUGCCAUUCUACUCCUCUUCAAGUGGCUGAGUAUAUGAUGGACACAGCUAGAAAAUUACGCUCCAACUUGUAUAUAGUGGCUGAACUGUUCACUGGAAGUGAAGAGCUGGACAAUAUCUUUGUGAAUAAAUUGGGCAUUAGUUCUUUAAUAAGAGAAGCAAUGAGUGCCUACAAUAGCCAUGAGGAGGGUAGGUUAGUCUACCGCUUUGGUGGAGAACCUGUUGGAUCUUUCGUCCAGCCUCGUUUGAGGCCUUUAACACCUGCUAUUGCACAUGCACUCUUCAUGGACAUAACACAUGAUAAUGAAUGUCCAAUUGAGCAUCGAUCUGCUUAUGAUGCCCUUCCCAGCUCAACGAUCGUUUCCAUGGCUUGCUGUGCUACAGGAAGCACUAGAGGGUACGAUGAACUAGUGCCACAUCAGAUAUCCGUGGUCUCUGAAGAAAGAUUUUAUGCAAAGUGGAAUCCAGCAGCAAUACAGUUAAAACCUGGUGAAGUUAAUUUCAAGACUGGAAUUAUAGCAGGAAGGCUAGCUAUCAACAGAUUACACCAAGAACUGGGAGCUAAAGGAUUUAAUCAGGUAUUUGUAGACCAAGUUGAUGAAGAUAUUGUGGCUGUGACCAGACAUUGCCCUAAUACACAUCAGUCUGUUGUGGCUGUUUCUCGAACAGCUUUCAGAAACCCCAAGACUUCCGUCUAUAGUCAAGAAGUUCCUCAAAUGUGUAUUCCAGGCAAAAUUGAAGAAGUAGUUCUUGAAGCUAGGACUGUUGAGAGAAAUGCAGAUCCUUAUAAAAAGGAUGAUCAUACAAUCAAUGGGUUGCCUGACUAUACAGUUGAGCUCAGAGAACACAUACAGCUCACGGAAAGUAAAAUAAUAAAGCAAGCUUCAGUUGCCACAAAAGGUCCUAAUGAAUUUGUUCAGGAAAUAGAAUUUGAAAAGCUUACACCAGGGAGCGUGAUCAUAUUUAGAGUUAGCCUUGAUCCGAAGGCACAAGAUGCUGUAGGAGUACUUCGUAAUCAUCUAAUCCAGUUCAGUCCUCACUUUAAAUCUGGAAGUCUGCCUGAUGAUGGUUCAGAAGCUAUACUGAAAACCCCUUUUUCAAUUAUUGCAUCAAAAUUAAAAUUAGCAGACCUAAAUCAGAUACUGUAUCGUUGUGAUGCAGAAGAACAAGAAGAUGGUGGAGGAUGUUAUGACAUACCAAACUGGACACCUCUUAAAUAUGCAGGCCUUCAAGGAAUAAUGUCAGUGAUGGCAGAAAUACGACCAAAUAAUGACUUGGGCCAUCCUUUCUGUGGUAAUUUGAGAGCUGGAGAUUGGAUGAUUGAUUAUGUGAGCAAUCGCUUAAUUUCCCGUGCUGGAGCUUGCUCUGAUGUUGGGAAGUGGCUGAAAGCAAUGUUUAUCUACUUGAAGCGGGUCCCUCGUUAUCUCAUUCCAUGUUAUUUUGAUGCCAUAUUAGUGGGUGCAUAUACUACACUUCUUGACUUGGUGUGGAAACAGAUGUCCAGCUUUGUCCAGAAUGGUUCAACGUUUGUUAAACAUCUUUCCUUGGGCUCAGUCCAGAUGUGUGGAAUAGGAAAAUAUCCAUCUUUGCCACCUCUGUCUCCUGCCUUAAAGGAUGUCCCUUAUAGGCUGAAUGAGAUUAUGGGAGAAAAAGAACAAUGCUGUGUUUCUUUAGCAGCUGGUUUACCUCAUUUUUCAUCUGGCAUUUUCCGUUGCUGGGGAAGAGAUACCUUUAUUGCACUGAGAGGGCUGAUGUUAGUUACUGGACGCUACUUGGAAGCAAGGAACAUAAUAUUAGCAUUUGCUGGAACCUUAAGGCAUGGUCUAAUUCCUAAUCUGCUUGGCCAAGGUACUCAUGCCAGGUACAAUUGUCGUGAUGCUGUAUGGUGGUGGCUUCAGUGUAUACAAGAUUAUUGUAAAACCGUUCCAAAUGGCAUAGACAUUCUCAACUGUCUGAUAUCUAGAAUGUAUCCUACUGAUGAUUCUCUACCUCAGCCAGCAGGCAAAAUGGAUCAGCCAUUAUAUGAAGUGAUACAGGAAGCAAUGCAAAAGCAUGCCCAAGGCAUAGAUUUCCGAGAGAGGAAUGCUGGCCCACAAAUAGAUCGAAACAUGAGAGAUGAAGGCUUUAACGUAACUGCAGGAGUGGACAUGGAUACGGGCUUCAUCUUUGGAGGGAACCGUUUUAAUUGUGGUACCUGGAUGGAUAAAAUGGGAGAGAGCGAUAGAGCUCGCAACAAAGGAAUUCCAGCCACUCCAAGAGAUGGUUCCGCUGUGGAAAUUGUUGGCCUAUGCAAAUCAACCGUUCGCUGGUUACAGGAAUUGUCAGAGAAGAAGAUAUUUCCAUAUCCUGGAGUUACUGUGAAAAGUGACGGGAGAGAUGAGACUUUUACAUAUGAUCAAUGGAACAGAAAAAUCCAAGCCCAUUUCGAAAAGCUGUUUUUUGUCUCUGAAAACCCAAAUGAUCCCAAUGAGACACAUCCAACUCUGGUUCAUAAGAGGGGCAUAUACAAAGACAGCUAUGGAGCAUCAAGUCCUUGGUGUGAUUAUCAAUUGAGGCCAAAUUUCCCUAUAGCAAUGGUUGUGGCACCUGAAUUGUUCUCUCCUGAGCAUGCUUGGAAAGCACUUGAAAUGUUAGAGAAAAAAUUACUUGGUCCACUUGGCAUGAAAACUUUAGACCCAGAUGAUAUGGUUUAUUGUGGUGUUUACAAUAAUGCCUUAGACAAUGAUAAUUAUAAUGUGUCUAAAGGAUUCAAUUACCAUCAAGGACCUGAAUGGCUUUGGCCAAUUGGAUAUUUCCUUCGUGCCAAACUAUACUUCUCCAAGUUAAUUGGUACAGAGAUCUAUGCAAAGACUGUGUUUUUGAUUAAGAACGUUCUUUCUCGCCAUUAUGUUCAUCUUGAGAGGUCUCCUUGGAAAGGGCUUCCAGAAUUGACUAAUGAAAAUGGUCAAUAUUGUCCCUUCAGCUGUGAAACCCAAGCUUGGUCAAUUGCUGUGGUCCUUGAGGUCCUCUGUGAUUUAUAACAGUAGUUGUCUGUCUUAAAAAACUUGCUAGCUUUUGUCUGGAAUGCAAAUAACGAUGCUUGUCUUAUUGUUAAAAGUCCUACUGAUAGAAGUUGUUUAUGCCUAUUGUUCCUUGGCAAUUGUAGGACUACAUGAGUGUUCAUCAUUUGAGAAUCACAUCAUAAUUUUUAAAAUCUGUGUGCAUAUUUUAAAAUUAAUAUACUCAAUAUGUAAAUCAAGUAUAAAAGCAUAGAAAGUUAGACUUUGAUAUGUUACAAACGCCACAUAUCUUCCCUGAAGUGGAGUUCUAUUUCAGAAAUUUCUUAGAAUGACAGCCCCAAUUUAAGGUGCUUCCAUAUAGGUAGCCCUAGAUUUAUGACCACUUGCUUAGUUCCAGUGAACUUACUUGGGGGAUAGUUAUAGCCCAGAUUCAAAAUUCUGACAAUGGGUCCCACCACCGUCAUGUGACUGCAUUUUAGGUCCUUGGCAACUGGGCUGCAUUUGUGGCUGUUUGCUGUGUCCUUCAAUCGCGUGACCAUGUUGUCCUAUUGGUUCUUUAACAACCACGCAUUCCCUUAACAACGCACUGCAGACGUUGUAAAAAUCAGCUUUUUUUUACAUUACAAUCAUUAUGAGCUAUGACCAUGGUGAGCGGUCUCCAUUACAGUUGUAAUUCGAGUAUUAGCCGAAUUUGACAUUCAAGAGCCUUAAAAACAUAGUACAUCAGACCAGUGGUCACAUAUUCUGUUCCCCAGUAGCUAAUAUUAUAGAAAUAACAUCCCUCUGCUAACAGGACAGUUCCUUUCUAUUGAGCUUUACUUGGGAAGGGAACCAGAGAAGCCCAUUGUUUCCAUCGCUGAAAGUACUGGUUAGAAUGGUUAGUCACUAUUAAUAGCCUCAAUCCUGGAUGAAUUUGUCAAAUCCCUUCCAAAAGAAACUUGCCAAAACUAUACCUUGUGUUAGUAAAUUCCAUAGAUUAAUCCAAUGCUGCAUAAA